CGUCUCUCUUACGGGGUAUUUUCGUCAUUCCACAAGCUUCUAUCCAUCCAAUCCAAGUCUUCUCCCUUCCUUCCUUGGAACUUUCUUCGUCUUCGCUUCCUCACUUCCCCCGUCGAUCUCGCCGUCACAUCACAAACAAAAACUCUCUCCAACUCCUUUCACAUGGCGGAAAACGGCGAAGAGAAGCUACUAGCCGUAGCGCGUCACAUAGCCAAAACCCUCGGCCACAACGAAUCCAUGGCCGACGACAUCCUCCAGAUCUUCUCCACCUUCGACGGCAGAUUCUCCCGCGAAAAGCUCUCCGAGGACCAACCUUCCGAAGAAGACGGAUCGUCCUCCGGAGUCGCCGUCCUCGAUCGAGCUCUCAACUCCCUAGACUCCCAGAUCUCCCGCUUCAUCGCCGCCGAUCAACCGAUCUGGUCCGAUCCCGCCGACUCCGCCGCCUUCCUCGACGCGAUCGACGAGCUCGUGAACAUCACCAGAGAGUGGAGCCACUUGUCCUCCGAGAAACCGAUCGGUCUGUGCCUAUCACGCGCCGAGGAUAUGACGCAGCAGGCGAUGUUCCGAAUCGAGGAGGAGUUUAGGUCUCUUAUGGAUCAGGGAACCGAGUCGUUCCCGGUUAACCACCGGUUCGAUUCCGAGGAGGAAGAUGAAGAAGAUGAGGAUGAAGAAUACCGAAACGAAGAUGAUUCUCAGAUCCCAGUGGCGCAGCCUCUAACUGAUUACGAUCUCAUCAUCGACGCGCUCUCUUCGGCUACGAUCAACGAUCUCCACGAGAUUACUAAACGAAUGCUCGCAGCUGGAUUCGGUAAGGCGUGUUCACACGUUUACAGUGGAUCAAGGAGAGAGUUUCUUGAAGAGAGCAUGUCGAGAUUAGGGCUUCAGAAGCUGAGUAUUGAAGAUGUUCAUAAAAUGCAGUGGCAGGAGCUUGAGGAUGAGAUAGACCGGUGGAUUAAAGCAGCUAACGUCGCUCUCCGUAUCCUUUUCCCUAGUGAGCGUCGUCUCUGCGACCGUGUCUUCUUCGGAUUCUCCUCCGCUGCUGAUCUUUCGUUUAUGGAGGUGUGUCGUGGCUCGACGAUUCAGUUACUGAACUUCGCUGACGCGAUUGCGAUAGGUAGCCGUUCGCCUGAGAGGUUGUUUAAGGUGCUUGACGUGUUUGAGACGAUGAGGGAUUUGAUGGGGGAGUUUGAGUCUGUGUUCUCUGAUCAGUUUUGUUUAGUGCUUAGGAACGAAGCUGUGACGAUUUGGAAACGGUUGGGGGAGGCGGUGAGAGGUAUAUUCAUGGAGCUUGAGAAUUUGAUCCGGCGAGAUCCGGCGAAAGCUGCUGUUCCGGGAGGUGGUUUGCAUCCGAUUACUCGGUACGUGAUGAACUACCUCCGCGCGGCGUGCAGGUCUAGGCAAACGUUGGAGCAAGUGUUUGAGGAGAGUAAUGGUGUGCCGUCGAAAGACUCGACUCUGUUGACUGUACAGAUGUCUUGGAUCAUGGAGCUUUUAGAGAGUAAUCUUGAAGUUAAGUCGAAAGUGUAUAAAGAUCCGGCGUUGAGUUAUGUGUUUCUGAUGAACAAUGGGAGAUACAUUGUUCAGAAAGUGAGAGACGGUGAGCUUGGAGUGCUUUUAGGAGAGGAUUGGAUUCGGAAACAUAACGCUAAAGUGAAACAAUAUCAUAUGAGUUAUCAGAGAAGUUCGUGGAGUAAGAUGAUUGGGUUGCUGAAGGUGGAUAACGCAGCGGCGGGGAUGAAUGGGUUAGGGAAAGUGAUGAAGGAGAAGCUGAAAGAGUUUAAUAUGCAGUUUGAGGAGGUGUGUAAAGCUCAUUCGACGUGGGUUGUGUUUGAUGAGCAACUGAGAGAGGAACUGAGAAUCUCACUGGCUAAACUGUUGUUGCCGGCUUAUGGGAACUUCAUCGGAAGGUUUCAGAACCUUGGAGAUAUAGGGAAAAAUGCAGACAGGUACAUCAAGUUUGGUGUUGAGGACAUAGAGGCACGUGUUAACGAGCUGUUCAAAGGGACAACGACCGCAAGAAAAUGAAGGUAUGACACAGAGAGCUUCUACUUGUAAGAUCUUUGUAAACGAACCACAUGCUGAUGACCAGGAGAGACUUGCAGAGUGGAUUUGUAAAAUGUAUCGUUUUGGACAGCUAUGCUAGUGUUUGUGUUAUGUUGUAUUGUAUUAAAAAAGAAGAAACAGUUUCGUUUCUCCUAGAGAUGUUAGAAAAUCAUCAUCCAAAUUGGUCAAAAAUUUAGGUAAAUUUUAAAAAACCAGUUGGCUAAACCCAGGGGCAGAGGUAGUAAAGGAGGAGGGGUGUGACCCCACUAUUUUUCUUAUAAAAAUUGCUUUUACUAUAUAAUUUAAAGAAGAAAAGAUAAUCUGAUAGAGAUGAUCCCUGCUUCUACUCAAGGGAGCAACAUCUCCUUCCCAUUGUUCUA